AGCGUGGCGUCGCGGUCGUGCCUGCCCUUCACAUCCGUCCACAUCCUACCAGGCUCGACUCCCACACGCAGCACAACGAUGGCCCUGCUCAAGUCAAACAAGGUGAUCUACUGUCUGGGGAACAUUUCCCCGUCCCUGGGAGUGCUGUCCACCCGCAACAGCUCAUGGUGGGGUGGAGUGCAGAUGGGUCCCCCCGAUCCCAUCCUGGGGGUGACUGAGGCCUUUAAGAGGGACACCAACCCCAAGAAGAUGAACCUGGGAGUGGGAGCCUACAGGGAUGACCAGGGCAAGCCCUUUGUGCUGAGUUGUGUCCGCAAGGCAGAGGCUAUUAUUACAUCCAAACAGCUGGAUAAGGAGUACCUUCCCAUUGGUGGUUUGGGGGAGUUUAACAAGGCCUGUGCCGAACUCGCUCUUGGUGCUAAUAGUGAUGUCUUGAAGAGUGGCAGGAACAUAACUGUCCAAACCAUCUCAGGAACUGGGUCUUUGCGCAUUGGAGCCAACUUCUUGUCUCGUUUCCAUGGAGGUCCACGUGAUGUGUACCUGCCCAAACCCUCCUGGGGAAACCACACACCCAUCUUCAGAGACGCUGGCAUGCAGCUCAAAGCCUACAGAUACUACGACCCCUCCACCUGUGGCUUUGACUUCAAAGGAGCUCUGGAUGACAUCUCUAAAAUCCCAGAGCAGAGCGUGAUCAUGUUGCAUGCUUGUGCCCACAACCCCACUGGUGUGGACCCCAGACCUGAGCAGUGGAAGGAGAUUUCUGACAUUGUAAAGAAAAGGAACCUGCUCGUGUUCUUUGACAUGGCCUAUCAGGGCUUUGCAAGUGGAGACAUCGAUCGUGAUGCCUGGGCUGUGCGCUACUUCAUUGAGCAGGGUCACAACAUCGUGCUGUCCCAGUCCUUCGCCAAGAACAUGGGUCUUUAUGGUGAGCGUGUGGGAGGCUUCACUGUGGUGUGUAACGACGCAGAAGAGGCAAAGAGGGUGGAGUCUCAACUUAAGAUUCUCAUCAGGCCCAUUUACUCCAACCCACCAAUGAAUGGAGCCAGAAUUGCAGCAACCAUUCUCAACACACCAGACCUGCGCUCCAUUUGGCUGGAGGAGGUCCAUGGUAUGGCUAACCGCAUCAUUAAGAUGAGGGAGCAGCUGGUGGCUGGUCUGAAAAAGGAGGGCUCCUCCCACAACUGGCAGCACGUCAUCGACCAGAUCGGGAUGUUCUGCUUCACAGGCCUCAAACCCGAACAGGUUGAGCGUCUGACAAAGGAGUUUUCAGUGUACAUGACCAAGGAUGGCAGAAUUUCCAUGGCAGGCGUGACCUCUGGGAACGUGGGCUACCUGGCACAGGGGAUCCAUGCGGUCACCAAGUAGAGUGGAUCCUGCUGGGAGAGCUACGAAAUCAAAGUGUUGAAGAGGAGCUUUAUGCGUCACUAAUUCUCUGUCUCCUCCAUUCCACCUUUAGAAAAGAGCUCGAUAUUUAGUUAGACAUUUUCUUGAUUGGAUUUCCUGAGUUCAACUUGGAACGGUUGCUGCUGUUAAACAUUUUAGUUUCUGGUUCCUUUUUAACAUUUCACUGAACCGGCUCCCUCGCCAAAUUAUAAAAGACAGGAUUUUCUCCCACGUCUGAUGGAUCAUUUUUGCUUAUUUAUUAUGUGGAAUCAACGGUUGGCUGUGCAUUUGUGUCCUCCUAAAUGUGUGCUGUUUAUCUGCUCUCACUCACUAUAAAACAUCAAGGAACCAACAUCGGGGUAAUGUCAGACUGUGCACUAGUUUUACUUUCAAGAUGAGAUCUCUGUUGCUAUAUGGUUUUUUUUAUUUGUCAAUCAGGUAAUCAAUUCACUAUCAGGCUAAUCUGUGGUUGUUCAUCUGAACUAAUCAAUCAUCCAGUAAUCUCCUUAUUUGGAAUUUACCUGUCUAUUUCCCUGGCAUCCAGUACUUUUCCAGUAGGAUAACACUUUUGGGUUUCAGUCUAGUUGGUGGCAGGGCAGCAGUCUCAGUCAGUCCUUCUUAACCCCGGAUACUAACAAGCACACAAGCCAAAAAGAGUUAAAACUCUAACAGUACAGAGAAGUGAUCAAUAUAAAUGAAUGAAUUCUACAAUGGAGAAUUUUUCUUCAUAUUGCCCCAUAGCUCAAAAUCAAAUGGCCCAUUUCCUAUUUUCUUUCCAUAAUGGAGUCUUUGUAUUUGUUACAAAUGUUUCUCUGUGGUUAAUAAAGAUGAGUGGGGUACCUGAUUGGGGUUGAACACAGGAUGGUUCAUGAAGAAAUGUCCAGAUGCUACUCAUUCAAGAUAUCAUGGUUCAGUGUAUGAAUCUGUUCGUCAGUGAGACUGUGAAACACAAAUGCCAUUUAGAAAUGUGGGGUUUUCCCCCAGUCUGCUCAUACUUCUGAAACUUCUGGCACGUUGCCUCCACGUUUUGCAUUCUGUCAUACAAUAACCGUCAAUAACAGAUCAGUGGUCAUGUACCUUAUUGAACAAACAAUAAAUCAUUAUAGAGUAA